AUGGACAAUGAGCUGGCGGCAUGCUCACAGAGAAAGCUGAUUGUGGAGAAAGAGUAUACUAGCAUGCAGCAUAUGCAGAUCAAAUGGUCCAGCAUUUUCCAUGAGUCCAUUCUUUUCCUCAUGUUAUCUUUGUCACUCAAGUUUGAUCUUAAUACUUUGCAAUUGCUGUCAGCAAGUGCUUCCUGCUCUCACACUGGAACUCACUCACAUGAAGAAAUUCAUGAUGACAAUCAUGAUGUUAAUAUUCUUGAAGCUGUAAAUACUAUGUCUGUCCAAGAACCAACUGAAUCCAAGGCAAAGAUUAUGUUGAAUCUUGUGAGAGCCAAGUGUGAUGUUUACCAGGCUCAGAAGGUGCUCACAGAUUGUGUAGUGCAAGUAAAUGAGGUGUUUGCAAGCCUACUUAAAUUCCAAGAGGAAGCUGCUGAGAAGAGGCUAGAUGAUACAGAUCUUGGCCUGGGAUGUAUGAGGAUUGUUUUCAAUGUGCAUGGUUGGUCUGUCCCUCCUAGUUGUAUCCCUCAGGAACAAGGUGGUGGAUCACAUUCAUGUGGAAUGACAUCAAAUGUCUUGCAUGGCUGGCUCCCCAUGAUUAAGCUUAAUUAA